UUCGCCAGGCUUUGACAGGGGCACCUCUGGUGAUUAAGCUCGGCACAAUUCUCUUGACCACUAUGACGCCUGGGGGCUCCGACGAAAGGACACAUACAUGUUGAGCACAAGCUACGGAGAUGUCACGCUUUCUCACUCCAGCCAAGAUCGGGCUCUUGGCCCUGAUCGAGCUGUAUGUCGAGAAAGCCGUACCCAUUUCGGCCAUGGUAGAGGUGCUCUCUUUCACAACCUCGCACCUGAUCGACAGCGAUAUCACUCGCUCUGUCAAUGCCAGUGGCCAUUGGAAGAAGGCCGAAAGCACGGUCAGCCUGGUGAUUUCGAUCGCGGACUUUGAGAAGGUGCUGGGUCCGUACACAGCCGCAGCUGGCAUUCCCGGUCGAAGUCUUUGGUAUGUUUUUCUGGACAAAUUAUGGAAGAUCAAUUCGCUCGACGCGCUGCACGAAUUCUUCGAGCGUCGUGCGGACUUGCUAGCCAAGACGAAAGAGGAGACUCGUCGUGAUGCAGAGAUGGGCAUUGAGCCACCUGACGCAGAGGCCAUUGUUCUGUCGCGCAACUCGCCUUUGGGAGCCUUUAUCCGGAAAGGACAGCUCGAGUUCAGCCGACUGAGAUUCGAGAACGCUUUCGAGUUGUGGAAAGAUUUUGUCAAAUACCGUCAAACCACUGCGGCUUACUAUAGGAAGAAAACGCCGUCUUUUCAGAGGCUGAGCUUUGACAAUGUGCUUCUUGAGGGUGAGCAUGGUUGGGGUGAGGACAUUGAGGCUAUUGCUAGUGUGGCGUACGGAGACAUGCUGAGAGAUGACCCAACUUCAACUUUGCCAGUCAGCACGGAUGACAUUGAGAAGCUGUUGGAAUUCCAGAUUGAGCAGAUGCAGAAAUAUGGCAACCGGAUUCCACUAGAGAUCCGCCACCAAUUUCAUGAUUUACUGAACGACAGCUACAUGAUUCCGAGCUUGUCGCAUUAUCUAAGCUACCUCGACGCUUGGAGGGCAGGGGACUAUUCAACGUCUUUCGAUUGCCUACAUCGGUAUUUCGACUACACCAUGCAUCACAGAGAUAGGCUAUUCUACCAGUAUGCGCUUAUGAAUUUAGCUGUUCUACAGUCCGAUUUUGGCUGUUACAAGGAAGCUGUAGCUGCAAUGCUAGAGACUGUUUCCACAGCAAGAGAGAACCGAGACAUGACCUGUCUCAAUUUCGCCUUGAACUGGCUCUUUCACUUUGGUCGAGCGCACCCAGAAGUCACUCGAGAUUUGGAAUCCAACAGUAUGCUGGGCAACGGCAAAGAAUCCCUAGCAUUCCUUCGUGCUAAGGCGAAGGAGACUGGUAUGUGGACGCUUUGGAGUUCAGCUCUUGUUAGCGAGGCAAAAAUGAACCUCUCCAAUGGCGAUAGCAUUGCGACGGCACUUGAGCACAUGGUCCGGAGCUCACAAAUACUUGUCGAAAGAAACAUGAAGAGCAUGAUGGGAUCACAAAUGUCACUCAACAUUGCAUUAUGGGAUCGACUCGGAAUCUCAUUUCUCUCUACUACCACAUGCGAAGUAUUCCUUCGCUGCCAUGCUAAGCACUGUGUGUUUGAUGACGAGCUCAAAGUUGCGAGUCGCAUAGCUUCGAUGCUGGCCCUGAAGGGAAAGUACGACGAGGCUCUGCAGAGGCUGGAGAAUAUGGACUCUAAUUCGCUGCGUUCCUGGAAGGCCAGCCAGUAUUGGCACAAGUUCAGGGGCAUUAUCAAGCUAAGAAGGGAUCUGCAUCGCAAUGAUUUAGAUGGUGCGGAAUACUUGUUGUCACAACUCUUACAGAACAAACAGGAAGACCUCGAGCCUGACCUUGCAUUUGUCAUUGACAGCCUACAUAUCGAAUGCCUCGUCCGGCGUGGGGAUCUCAAGAAGGCCUUUAUCAAGGUCGAAUCGCUUAUUACCGAGCUGCGUGAUGAGAACAGAGACAUCGCGCUCAGGGUACGGCUACUUCUUAUCAAGGCGGAUCUCCUAGAUCGAUGCGGUCAUCCACAGAAGGGCUUCACCAUAGCCGUAAGAGCGGCGAACGUAGCCUGGCGCGCCCGCCUGAUGCCCUACCUGUGGCCCGCCAUUGGCGCCAUCUCAAACAUUCUGGUAUCUCUCGGGGACUUUGAGCCCGCGGUGCAGCUCCUGACCGCCGUACUACCGCGAAGCCUAGAGUGCGAGAACUCAGCUAUGACGGCCAGGCUGUACUCGAUUCUCGGCGAUGCAAAUAUGGGGUUAGCGGGCACGGCGGCGCCCAAGUCGAACAAGAGGCGAGAGUACAUGACGAAGGCUGUUGAAGCCAUUGAGAAAUCGUUUAACCACUAUUCCAACAUGCAGGACAUCAGCAAACAGUGCGAGAUGAUGGCAAAGAAAGCGACAAUCAUGAGAGUUGCCGGAGAGCAUGUCCUAGCGAACGAUUACGCAGCAGCAUAUCUGGCGUUACGGCGAGAUGCUGCACAGAUGAAGAUAUGACGAAAAUGAAUAGGAGUAGAUGCAGAGGCAGAGGGGAGUGGUCAUGUACCACUAUAUGCAGAUUUCAUUGGGUUUUUUAUACAAGCUCUAUGUCGAGCUGUCUCUGCCUCUUUCGGGGCAUAAGAAUAUA